AUGAAAGCAGAAGAGGCAUCAGAAAUCAUAAAAUCCAUAAAAACAGCCCUGGCUGACGAGAACCACACUUAUCAAAGUGUGGAACAUUUGUUCCAUAGUCUGGGCAAACGUCAGUGCCAAAGUUUGCCGUUUAAUGACAUGUGCUUGGCACAAUUUGCUUCGGAAUACCGCAUCAUCAGCAAAAACGAAAGGUCGGCAUCCAAAAUAGAACUUAAAAACAACUACGGACAUGUGACAAAACGUACACGGACCAAACCUGCCGUAGUACGCUCUGCGCGCUUUUCAGAAACCAAAAACCCAGAGUUGUAUUAUCGUAGCCUUUUGCAGUUGUAUCUGCCAUACCGAGUGGAUUUGCAGUUAAGACCUGCCAACUGCCCAACAUUUGAAGAAUUUUAUGACAAUGGUGCGGUCCGAUUAAAUGAUGGGUCGAUGCAUUCUGUCCGAUCCAUCGUGGAUGUAAAUCAACAACACUUUGACAGUAGCGGGGAUGAACUGGACAGCAUCCAAAGAUCUAUUGAUCACAGCGGUGUUGCUGAGGAUGCGUGGUGUCUGUUGUGUCCCGAACAAGAAUUAGAACGGCUACAGUGUGAAGAAGAGCGUCAGAAAAAACAUCAAUUAGUAGAAGAAGAGGCAGAAAUAAUACCUGAUUUGGCAAAUGAAAAUAGACCAGCUCUAAAUAUCCAAAAACAAAACUCAUUGAGUCGAAAUGAUGGCUUGGCAUUGAUCCGCUCCCUAAAUAAUACUCAAAUGGACAUUUUUUACAAAAUUAGACAGUGGUGCCUCGAGAAAGUAGGUGGGAGAAAACCCGAGCCAUUACAUUUAUUCAUCACAGGUGGCGCCGGGACAGGAAAAAGCCACCUAAUUAAAGCCAUCCAUUAUGAGGCUACCAGGUUGUUGUCAACAAUGUGUCGGCAACCGGACAAUAUUUCUGUCUGUCUAGCUGCACCAACAGGGAUUGCUGCUUACAAUUUGAAUGCCACAACAAUACACAGCACAUUGAGCAUUGGCAAGGAUACCCGUUUGCCUUACACACCACUGGGUGAGGAAACGGUGAAUUCCUUGGGUGCCAAGUUCGCGGACCUCCAAAUUUUGAUUAGCGAUGAAAUAUCGAUGGUUGAUCACAAGUUGUUGAUGUACAUUCAUGGUAGGCUCCGACAAAUUAAGCAAACCGGUGACUAUGCUGCAUUUGGCAACGUCAGCAUCAUCGCCGUCUGUGAUUUUUACCAGUUACCGCCAGUCAAAGGAAAGCCUCUUUAUGUCGAAGACGCCACUUUCAACUUGUGGACAAAUCUUUUCAGUGUUGUCGAACUGACAACGAUAGUCCGGCAAAAAGAUAAUCAGUUUGCAGCAUUGCUAAAUAGACUCCGCAAACAUCCAAAAGGCGCGGCGUUGUUGGAAACAGACAUAGAACUUUUGAAACAGCGCGAAACGGGUGAGGUCAGCUCCGCGUUACAUGUGUUUCCAACCAAUCAACAAGUAAACGAAUACAAUCUAAAACAGCUUUUCAGGAUCUGUCCGGAGUACACGACGAUAAAAGCUGAGGAUUUCAGCCAAAACAAAAAAUCCGGUAAAUUAGAAAGAAAAGUAGGGCACCACAGCAAAGUUUACAACACGUGUUUAGAGGAAACUCUGCACAUCGCUAAAGAUGCACAUGUAAUGCUUUGCAAAAACAUCGAUAUUGACGACGGCUUAGUUAACGGGGUUAGUGGCACUGUCUCUGAUGUUCUUUUCCAAAAGGAUGACACAUUUCCGAGUAAGAUCUAUAUAAAGUUUGAUGAUGCCAAAGUAGGUCAACAAAGGCGCGCACAAACUGCUGAGUCUGUCACGCUAAAAGACAGUACAUUUAUUGUGCCAGAGGAAGAAAAAGUAACUAAAAGUGGUGGCAUGCGUCGCCAGUUCCCUCUGAAGCUCGCUUGGGCUUGCACGGUACAUAAAGUCCAGGGUGUUACCGUGGGCAAUGUAGUUGUGUCUCUAGACAGGGUGUUUUCCGCAGGGCAGGCGUAUGUUGCAUUGAGUCGGGUCACAGCUUUAGACGGUUUGAUUAUUGAAAAGUUUAAUGCCGAAAAGAUUUACUGUAAUGAUGCCAUUAAGAAUGCUGUAGGUAGGAUGCCAGCAUUUUUGACAGAAAGUGAACCAACACAAACAAAUGUACAACCACCACAUUUCACAAUUUAUUUGAUGAAUGUCCAAAAUUUGACAAAACAUGCGUCAGAUUUGGCAGCAUGUACACAGCACCUGCAGCCUAACUGCAUCGCUGUGACAGAAACGUGGCUGCCAACGGCAUGUACACCCAGGAGUGUAACCAUUCCUGGGUAUCAUUUCCAUAGCCAACCACGAUGUUUGUCUUACUCCAGCAGUAACCCUGCUUUGGUAGAAUUACAAGGGCAACAGCAUGGCGGAGUUGGCAUGUACAUUGCAGACCACCUGCACUGUAGUGUUGUCUCCGCCCCAAACUUCAACUUGGAAGUUUUACUGGUGAACUGCUCCGCACCCAGUGUGUUAAUAGCAGUUGUGUAUCGACCACCCUCCUAUCCAAUGGCGUUGUUUCAAGGUCACCUUGGCACGCUGCUGGAUUGGUUGCACCAGAAGUACGCCAGCAUUGUCGUACUGGGAGAUUUUAAUGAAAAUUUGUUAAAAUCUUCCACUAUCAGCACAUUCAUGGCUAGGAAAGGGUUCUGCCAGUCAGUCAAACAUCCUACCACAGAAAAGGGUACACUAAUUGACCAUGUAUAUGUCAAAACAUCACACUUUGAUGUAGAAUCGGUUGUGAUGCCCACCUAUUUCAGUAACCAUGAAGGGAUUUUGUGCUCUUUUAAACACCAAAUUUAAAAUGCACACACACACACGCACACACACAUUCCACUUCAGCAUCUUAUAGUGUGUAAAAUAGGUUCAGGUUCGACCAGUGGACAAUUUACAAUCCACGAGUUUACUUGCCCACGAGAACGGUGGAUUGUAUUUGUCAAUCACUGAAUAAAAGUGAAACCACUGGCCAAAAUUAAGAUCCCAGUUUCUGUUUAGGAUGGUAACUAUUUUCCUUAUUUGUCAAACCAGAAAAUUAACAUUGUACAUAUUGUAAACAUGUACAUUUUGUGAACAUGUACAUAUUGUAAACAUGUACAUAUUGUAAAUAUGUAAAUAUUGUAACCUCUGCAUAUAUUUUAAAUAGUAUACAUAUUGUAAAAAUGUAUAUAUGUAUAUAUGUAAAUAGUACCUGAUGAAAUGAUCCCAGCGCUGCCUCACUCACCUGUCCUCUUGUCUUGGUAGUUACCGCCUGUCUGCCUUAAAAUUAAAUACUAAAGGGAUUCAAACCUUUUUGAACACAAAGAGUUGAUAUUUUUCUAACCAGAUUGUAUUAGUCAAUCACUGGCGCAAAAUUCAACCACUGCCCAAAAUUAAGAUUCAAAGGGAUUAAAACUAAGACUUUUCUGAAGACAUAGUUGGUAUUUUUCUUACCAGUGGACAAUUUACAAUCCACGAGUUUACUCAACCACAAGAACGGUGGAUUGUGUUUGUCAAUCACUGAUGAAAAAAUACGUUUUUUCAGACACGGUAAUGAAGACAAUGAGGGCAAUGUAAAUAUGUAAAAAUGUAAAUAUGUGAAUACUGUGAAUGUAUAUUGUGAUGUAUAUUGUGACUAACCUCUGCUCUUGUCUUUCUAGUUGCCGCCUGUCUUCAGUUCCACGCACAUCAUCUUUAUAUUAACAUAGUAGCAGUAGAGGUACAUGCGUAGAUUUAACAUAGUAGCAGUAGAAUAGCAUAGAAGUAAAACUAAUCCCAUAAGUGCAUCAUACCAACUAUUAUAAUAGCAAUGUAGUCGUUUGCAUGCAUGUGAGUUUUCAUCAACAGGACAAGACCCCUCUGACGGUGUGAGUGUCCUCUGACAACUGCUGCAUGUGUGAAUGCUUGCUGCUUCCAGAGGAGCUCCCACCGUUGCACCAUGACAUCCACCCAUUGCUGACUGGAAAGGAUACUGGUGAUUCCAGGAACUGGUCAUCAUGGGACUGCAACUGCUGAUCCUUUCCUCCACCCAUUCUUAACCCUCUGUCCUUUCUUCACCACUGUCUACCUACCAUCUCACCAUGUCAUCCCUCUCAACCCAACCAGUCGAGACAGAAGGCCGCCCCAUAGAGCCUGGGUUCUGUCCAAGGUUUC